AUGCAGCCGGCAGCCAGGGCGGCCGUCAGGGAGGCGGCGGGCCGCGACGUGCUGGCCGCGGACCUGCGGUGCAGCCUCUUCGCCUCGGCCCUGCAGAGCUACAAGCGCGACUCUGUGCUGCGGCCUUUUCCCGCGUCCUAUGCCCACCGCGACUGCAAGGACUUUGAGGCCCUGCUUGCCGAUGCUAGCAAGUUACCCAACUUGAAAGAACUGCUCCAGUCCUCCGGAGACAAAGACAAACGGUCCUGGGACCUGGUGAGCUGGAUUUUAUCCUCAAAGGUCCUGACAAUCCACAGUACAGGGAAGUCAAAGUUUGAAAAGAUCCAAAAGCUGACUGGUGCUCCUCACACACCUGUCCCCGUGCCGGACUUUCUGUUUGAAAUCCAGUACUCUGACCCAGUGAACGCCAAAUUUUAUGAGACCAAAGGAGAACGAGACCUAAUCUAUGCCUUCCAUGGGAGCCGCCUCGAAAACUUCCAUUCCAUCAUCCACAAUGGCCUGCACUGUCACCUGAACAAGACAUCCUUGUUUGGAGAAGGGACCUACCUCACCAGUGACUUGAGCCUGGCUCUCAUUUAUAGUCCUCACGGCCAUGGGUGGCAGCGCAGCCUCCUGGGCCCCAUCCUCAGCUGUGUGGCUGUGUGCGAGGUCAUUGACCAUCCAGAUGUCAAGUGCCAAAUCAAGAAGAAGGAUUCCAAGGAGAUAGAUCGCAGGAGGGCGAGAAUUAAACACAGUGAAGGGGGAGACAUCCCUCCCAAGUACUUUGUGGUCACCAAUAACCAGCUCCUGAGAGUGAAGUACCUGCUAGUGUAUGCGCAGAAGCAGCCCAAGAGCAGGGCUUCAAGCCAGCUCUCCUGGUUUUCCAGCCAUUGGUUUACGGUCAUGAUAUCCCUAUAUCUGCUGCUGCUGCUCAUAGUGAGUGUCAUCAACUCCUCAGCUUUCCAACACUUUUGGAAUCGUGCGAAGAGAUAACCUUUCUGGGCCUGGUGUGGGGGCCGCCUCAGCCAUGUGCCUUAUGACCACUUUUUUCCGACCCUCCGUGCCCCACGUCUCGCCGGGCUGUGCCUGGAGAUCAGUUUGGGACCACCGGAUAAUUUCAUAUGCCAUAAAUGUAUUGAUUGCCUUUGAUGAUGCUCCAGGCCACAUUUUGGUCAGGGGGCCCACUGGUCCCACACUCUUUAAGUUUUGGGGAGCCUUCCUGUCUGCUCCUUCCUAAACAUUCCUAGGGAGUUGGCUUCUCAGCUAGGGCCAAAGGAAAAAGUCCUGCUGCAUUUAAAAACAGCAUGUCCAAGCUGUCAGUGGUGUGUUUACAAUUGCUCCUGGCAGACGCUGGACCUUUCUCUAAUGCCUUCUGGAAGGCGGAAAAUGUGUAGUGGGGACUAUAAAUCACGAGGCAGUUGCCUUGUUUUGACUUGAGACACCCAAGAGGAACAGUCAUGUUUCUCAUAAAAGUCAGUGGGAUUGUUUUUGAAUUCCUUCAGCCUUUGAAUGUGAGUGCAAAACAUUUUCACAGUUUUCUCAGAUCAACAAACAGCCUUCUGCUACAGCUGUAACCACCCCCUCCCCCUAGCGUGGGUAAGAAAGGAGUCAGAGACCUCAUUAAAAAAAUGAACUGAACAAUGAGCAACUCAAGUUGUCUUUUUCUAAAAAUUACCAGCUGCUGAUUACAGCUGAAAUGGAACCAAUUGUUUGUUUUCUGUUUUUUUUUUUUUUUUUUUUUUUUUAAAUAGCUGUUUGAAAAAUUAGUCUUUGUGAGCUGAGGAAAAGGGGAAAUUUCUAAACUAAGAGCACCAUUUGGCCAGCAUCCACAGUCUCUUUCCUGGCCGCAUUUGAGAGAAAGGGAUUUGAGCCGCAGGCCUGCCUCCUCUUCUUGUUCUCACGAAGCUGCCUUGAUUGUGGCCUGCCAGCCACAAGUGCCAUGCCGCAGGCCUUCUGUGGGCUGGUGGCCUUGGGACAGGCCUGCCUUAGUGCCACAGAUAUGCAUGGAACUAUGUCCCCCUCAGAGGGAAUCAAGGUCCUUGGGACUCAGCCUGGGUGUUAAAUGUUCAGGAAAAGUCUAUGGCUGCCCAGAGAGCCACUUCUGCUGUAUUCUCUGUCCCUCUCUCCUGCAGGAUUUUCAGCCAUAACAGAACCCUGUCUGAUUUAGGGGAGGGGGAGAAAUGGAAAGCCAUUUUUCUAUAAUUUGUGAAGUUGUGAAAAAAACUGUUAUCAUGGUUUUUACAUGGAAUAUUGGAACACUUCAAAAAUAAUAAAGGCAUUUUCCUAAUUAUCCAGUCACACUGUAACUACUUUCAAUCUCAAUGCCAGUCUGCCUUGUGUGCCCUGUGGCUAAAACUUGUAUCCUCUUUUUUAAAAAAAUUAUUUAUACAAUAGCUGGGGUACAGGCCAGAGGCGCGGGAGGGUGAGAGGAUUCACCAGAGACAGAGCAGAGAGCAGAACAGGCAGAAGGACCGAAAUACACUGCUGAGGAGAGCAGCAGGCGAGUCAGGAGAGGUCUGCUGCGCGAUGUGGAAUCUCCCUGGCCAUCUGGGAUCGAAACCACACUGCAGAGUCUGCAGACAGCUUCACAACGUUGCGCUCAACUGCCUGAGCCACCAGGGGAGGCCCUGUACUGCGUUUUUAAUAACAUAAAGCUGGAUUAGCAGACACGAAUAUAAUUUCACAUCUCUCUUUUUUUUAAAAAGAUUUUUUUAUUUAUACAAGAACUGAGGUACAGUCAGAGGUGUGGGAAGGGGAGAGAAUACAGAGACAGAGCAGGGAGCAGAACAGGCAGACAGACCAAAGACACUGCUGAGGGGAGCAGCGGGUGCAAUUAGAGAUCUGCCGCACCAUGUGGGUAUCUCCCUGGCCGGUUGGGCAUUGAACCUGCGCUGCAGAGGCUGCGGACAGCUUCACAGUGCUGUGCUCAACCUGCUGCACCACCGGGGAAGCCCCAUAUCCUCUCUUCUUAUUCAAGGUGUCCAUUUGCCAGGGAACAUACAUCACUAGGAUCUCUAGUAUGUGUUGCAUUUCUACUCAUUAGUUUACCAAAUAUGAGCACCUGCUAUGUGCAAGGCACCAGAAAUAGUAGCAGGAUCCAGGUCACAAGUCAAAUGCUUCUGCCUUCUUGGAGCUGGCAGUCUAGCAAGGUGAGCAGAUGGACAGGAUUCAUGGGCUGGCAUAUACGGUGUUAAGAAGGAGUUUUGGAAGAUACUUGGCAAAGUAUCUUAAUAUGGUCCAGGGUCAGGAAGUAUGGAAGUGAUGUAUGUUAGCACUGUGGGAUACCUUGCACUGAUUUCUUUAAUCCUCACUACAGAUAAGUAAUGGAAGUCACAGAGUUUAAUAGCUAGCCCAAGGUUAUGAAGCUAGGAAGUGGUAGAGCUGGGAGCUGAACCUGGGAAACUGGUUUCAGUGUCAUUCUCAUUAUCACUGUACUUGUACAGCCAUCCUGGACUCCCCAGAAAAGUUGACAUUCUAUGGAAUCCUAAAAGAGCCAUCGGUGUUAAGCAAAGAGAGGGAGGAAAAGUGUUUCGGGCAGUGGGAAUCCUUAGGCAAAAUCCUGGAGUUCUUACUGGAGAAGUACAAGCAAGGAGAGUCAUGAAGGAAGAGGCUGUGGUGAGAAAUGAUCCUGGAGAGGUGGGCAGGGACCAGACCAUGGAAAAACCUUAAAAGCUGUGGGCGUGGGAAAGCCCAAAGGUUUAAAGCAAGGAAGUGAUAUGAGUGGAUUUGGUUUUCAGAAAAGUCACUCUGACUGGUGGUUGGAGAAUGGAUUUCAAAUAAUUUUAAGCAUUAAAAAAACUGAUAAUAAAAUAGUGCCCAGCACAGA